AGGUGUUUACUCUGUGCUACCUAACCUAAAAGUAAAAAUUAAUAUAUUUUAUUUUAUUUAAAAAAUAUUGAAAUUUUUAAACUAACCAAUCCAGCCGAUUGAGAGCCAAUUGAGUUAAAAAUAUGACUGACCUACCUGAUUUCUCAUCUAGUGGUAAAGCUGGAGACUCUGAAUUACAGGAUUUUCUGCUAGUCGAGAAGCAAAAAGCACAAUUCCACGCCCAAAUUCACGAGUUCAAUGAUUUCUGCUGGGACAAAUGUGUAGACAAGCCUGGUGCCAAGCUUGACUCAAGAACUGAAACAUGCAUUUCCAACUGUGUGGAACGAUUUAUAGAUGUCUCAUUAUUAAUCACCAAUCGAUUUGCACAGAUGCUUGAGAAGGGAGGAGGCAUGCAUUGAAAUAGUUUUAUUUAUACACAGUAAGAUAUAAUGUACUGAAAUGAAGACAAAUUUAAUUAUGCCAUCUAAGAAUUAUUUGCCAAUGUUACUGUGAAUAAUAAUUAUUGUGUCCUAGUUCUUUGAUAUGUCUAGCCUGUUAAUGAUCUGAUACUGCAGUUAUUAAAUUCUCAAGAUUUAUAACACAGGAAGUGUUUGAUAGGAUAUGAUGAUCUUAAUUAAUAUCUCAAGGAAAAAUGUGUAUGAGAUCAAAUUUUAUUAAUGAACAAUGUGUUUAUAUAAUAAUAAUCCAGUGAAAAAAUAAAAUUUCAGUACACUGUAUGCUGUGUGUUAGUAGGUAAAAAUUUAGCUAUUUAGUUAAGUAAUCACUUUGAAUUACCUGUUAAAGCAUGCUAUGAAAAAUAUUGUCGUUUAUUGAAAUGCUCAAAUUUCAAUCAGUGUUAUGUGAAAGCUACAAUAAUAUUCAGCAUUUUAUGAUUGUACAUAUAUAACAAAUCAUUAUACUUUUGGGAAUUAUAUAUAAAUAUAUAUGGCAUAUAAACAUAAAUGAAAAAUUGCUCUAUGGGUCACAAAAGAUCUUGGUUAUUUACAUGCAUAGAUGAUGAAAAGCACACCACUGGUAGAUAUUAUUUGUAAAGCGUAUGUGUGGAAACUGUAUAAAAUAGAUAUUGCAUUUUUUUGUUUUGUUAAAAUAGAGGUAAUAAAUGAAACUAAUUACAAUUU